GGUCGCUCGGCUGACACCUACGUCAUCAAAAAGCGCCUCUGUGUACUUCUGCAGCUUGUGCAGUUCUCCCCCGGCGGCGAAUGCUUUCUCGUGUAACCGUCCUCCCUCUAAAAAGGAUUCAAAAUGCCGAUGAAAGGAAGGUUUCCGAUCAGGAGGACUAUGGAAUAUCUCCAGAAGGGCGACAUCAUCUUUAAAAACAGAGUGAAGAUCAUGACUGUCAAUUACAACACACAUGGAGAGCUGAGCGAGGGAGCAAGGAAGUUUGUGUUUUUUAACAUCCCUCAGAUUCAGUACAAAAACCCUUGGGUCCAAGUAAUGAUGUUCAAAAAUAUGACACCAUCUCCGUUCCUGAAGUUCUACCUGGAUGAUGGGGAGCAAGUUCUGGUGGAUGUUGAAGGAAAAGACUUCAAACAAAUUUCAACGCACGUGAAGAAGAUUUUGGGCAAAUCAGAAGAAGUGUUACAAGCCGAGGCUCAAGCAAAGAUGCAGGCCUCCAACCCCGCCAACUUUGGGCCAAAGAAGUACUGUCUGAGAGAGUGUAUAUGUGAAGUAGAUGGCCAAGUGCCGUGUCCUGGCACCACGCCGCUGCCCAAAGAGAUGACGGGAAAAUAUCGGGCCCAGAUGGCAGCAUCGCAGGAGUGAGAGGCAGAAGAGGAAGAGGAGGAGGUGUGACUCUUGUACACACAAACUGGACAUCAUUUUGACAUUUUAAUGUUGCUUUUGAUUUUGUAUGACUACAUAAACGAACUACCACAUUGCAUUUUUUGGUGCAUAUGUGUUCCGGAAUGUGCCCUGCUUUGCUUUGUAAGCAUUGUAGGUGGCUGUAAGAUCUUGCAGGCCACUGUAAGCAGCAAGACCCAUCAAACACAGGGCAAUGAUGGGCAGGGGAAACUCGGUCUAGGUCUGGAUAACUAACUGAUUAUAUAUAAUAGGAGUGAGUAUUGGCAAGAACCUCACGAUACGAUACGCAUCACGAUACUUGGGUCACGUUGUGAUAGUAUCACGAUAUAUCACGCUAUCACAAUAUUGUGAUAUAUUGCGAUAUUCUAGUUAACUAAGAAACAAAACAUAGAUGGUGUAUAUGUAAAUCCCACUAUAUUACUCCAAAUUGAAAGGACAAAUUAAGUCAAAACUAUUUGAUUGAAAACAACCUUUCAAUUUUUAUUGUUUUGGAAAUACUGAAGUCGUAUUCUAGUUCCAACUUGGCUAAAAUGUGAUUUUUUAUUUUCGAUUAUCGAUAUUAAGAGUUGAAAUAUCGAUUUUAUAUAUCGGAGGUCAAAGUAUCAUGAUAUAUUGCUGUAUGUAUAUUUUUUCACACCUCUAAUAUAUAAAUAAAUAUACUUUAUGUAACAUGGUUGAAUAGCCAUUUACAUCUAGUAUGGUGUCAGCAUAUACAGCAAACAAAAACUAUCUUUGUCUGUACAUGUAGUUGUCGCUUUGUGGAAACUCAAAACCCUUAGUUAUAAUAUUUGAAUAAUUGAUGUGAGAUCUAGCUGGGAUUGAUUAGACACAGGGCCCCUUGAUUUGCAGAAACAAGCCACACAAACAUUUGCAGAGACAUUUUUUAUUGACGCAGAGAUGACAUUAAUAAAAUUAUGUAUAUGUGUCA